UUUCAUUGAUCACUAACCUAAACCAUCUGCAUUGUCGCAGCACAGGUCAGAAAAAAAAACUAACGCCUCGGUGGCUAUUAGAACACACAGAAUUAGAAGCAGAUACAAGAGUAAAGGGCUUGGGCAGAAAGCUACCUCAGAUGAACACAAACCAGCGGGGAGCUUAUUGUGAGGCAAGAGAAGGUUGGGGAUGUGUGUGGCAGGCUGCUGGAGCACGCUUCAAUGUGCGAGCUGAAAUCUGACAUUGUAUCGGGAGGGGAGUGAGCCGGUCCUGUCCCAGGGAUAAGGGCGUUAGCUCUCUCGGAGGAGAUACCUCUGUGUUUAAUUCAGACUUUGGUGACCCAUAUCUGGUUGUGAAGAACAUCAUGGCUGAACCCGACUACAUUGAUGGAGAUAACCCUGAACUAAUUAGACCCCAAAAACUUGUCAAUCCAGUGAAGACAUCCAGAAACCACCAAGAUCUUCACCGGGAGCUACUUUUGAACCAGAAAAGAGGACUGUCUCCACAAAACAAGCCAGAAUUACAGAAAGUGAUGGAGAAAAGGAAGAGAGACCAAAUAUUUAAACAGCAACAGGUAGAAGCAGAGCAGAAAAAGACAGAGUUUGAAAAAGAGCUUCAGAAACGGCACCAGAUGUUAGAGGAGAUGGAAAUGGAGAAUCAAAAGAUUACAGAGGAGCAGGAAAAUAAACCAGAGUUUCUCAAGGUCAAAGGCAAUCUCAGGAAAAUGAACCAGGAAAUAUCAGAAGCCAACAAUUCUUAGAUUAACUGCUUUCAUGGAUGUUGGGAAUUGCUAUUAAAUAUUUUUGCUGGUAUGCUAUUGGGGACCUACCAGGACACCUCCACAGAGAUCUUUCAUCCUUGAGAUCUUUAGAGACUUAAUGACUGCAAAACACCAUGCAAGAGGAUAGAAAACACUUGGGUGGAACAGGAUGGAUACUGAGCUGUCGGCUAUCAAAGUGUCCUUUUAUAAAUGCUGGACAUUGCAGAAAUCACAAAUGUUGUCUUAGCUUUAUUUGAGCUAUAUGCAACCAAUGAUUUCUAAAUACUUUUGCAGGGUCAGAUAAAUUUAACAUUUUCACUGGUUAACAUCAUUCAGAUUUUAAAAUUGCACUGGUUUUAUACAGAAUGUAUAGGACUGAUGUUUACAGAUUUUUUUUUUUUUUUCUUGAAGUAUGCCUGAUCUUGCAAACUGAGCUAUUGUAUAGCGUGUUCAUGAGCUAAUUACUAGAUUGCCUUCUUUCCUCAGCAGUUCUUUAGUAUGACCUUCUUAAAAUGGUGUGAGGGUCUGUAAUAUGUAAAAUAUUACUUAAGUUUCUCUUUGUACAUUCUGCAGUGGACUCUCCUUUAUAACGGAAGCCUUUUAAUUUUUUUUUCCCCAAGACAGGACAGUACAGCAAUAGAGGGAGAGUGAGGCAUCCAUUCUUGAGCUUUAUUCUGCCUUGGUUUUUAACUAAACCUAAUACUGAAAUGUACAUGUGUCGUAAGUCCUAACAACUGCCAUUGGGUAAAAUUCGAAUGGAAUGACUAGCUUUAUUCGCUUUGGUGGGUAUUGAUCUUUAGCUUCCAUGAGUCUCUGCUGAUGGCUGGCUGAAUGAAAUUGCAGUUACAGUUUAGUAAAUUACCAAGAAUGUACAAGAGAUGUGUAUUCAAUCUCUUUAGUGAGCCACCUACCCCCACCCCAAGAGUGAUCUCUUGUUUUUGCUAUAUCAACUAAAGUCUGUUACAGUAUGAAAAAAAUGCCAAUUUGUGUUUUCACUAUAAUAAUGGGUUGUGUCUGGAACAGCCUUAUUUGUCAUAAAAGAAUUUACUUGUUUUAAACAAGUUUUAAAAUGGUGUUCUUAUUUGUUAGAUAACUAUUUGUUAAGCUUUAUGGUAAGUCUGAAUAGCCAAAAUUCAGAUCUCUUUCGUGCUGUACAUUUUGAAGAUCAUUUAAACAUUGCCAAGGUGUAAGUAGGCUUAAGAGGAAUAUUUUCUUUUAUUAACCAUAUUGAUAGACAGAGUCUCAGGUCUACACAGAAGCUAUAAUAUAUAUAUAUAUAUAUAUAUAUAUAUAUAUAUAUAUAUAUAUAUAUAAUAUAUAGUAAUAAAUUAGCAUUUACACACUAGAAUGUCACCGGUUAAUUGGAAUGAUGUGGGAAAGACUUAUAAACUAUGUUCUCCAGCUCUUUAAUUUGUGUAAUGUGCCAUAUUUAAGGGAGUUGAUUAACAUCUUGCUUUUGAAUGAAUGUUUUACCUUUAGUCUUUCUGUGGGAAUCUAAAACUCAGUAUGUAAUAUGGUGCAAUAUUGCAGAAAAAAAAACAAUAUAGCAGUGCAUUUUUCUUCCAUUUUGGGAUGUUAAGUAAUGCCCAUUUAUGCAGUGUAAUAGAUACAAAUGAUGAACUAUCACGUGAAGUCUUACACGUAACUGCUUGCAAGGGCUAAUAUUAUAAUGGGAUAAGCAGACUACCGAAGCCCAUAAUAUUUAGUUCUACUCUUAAGAAUUAGUAUAUCUGUAUUGAGAGCAUACUUCAAAUGUGGAUAAGAGAACCCCUAUAAAAAAAAAAAAAACAGAUUCCCCAUAAAAGCCAAGUUGAGCGGUUCAGUUGCCUGUGAUAGAUCCCUGCUAUCGUCAACGACUAACUUCUCCGAAAUGGCGCUUCACCGCCAACACCAGGAGUGUUCAGUGGAAAGCCCUUCACAUCACUUCCGUAUUCUGAUGUAGCGCAAAGUUUCCUCCUCCAGCAACUUUGCACGACUUCAGAAAACUUAAACGACGCAAAGGGCUAUCCACCGGUGACUCCCAAUUGUUGCCAGUGGAAAGCCAUUUCAGAGCCGUUAGCUACCCGUGAUAGCAGAGAUCUAUCGCGGGUGACUGAACUGCUCUGUGGGUCCUUACCUUAAGAGAUAUAACUCACAGUAUCUUUCUGUGAUUCUGGGAAUUGUAGUCAUAAAAACAUUAAUAUGCAUUACAUAAAAUUACUGAAAGUUACUGAAAUGUUAUCGUCACUUUUGUGUUUAUUACGGUCUUUUAGCCAGGUCAGAGAUUUUCUUGCAUGUGUGUAAAUAUUAACAUAAUCUCAGAGGCUGCUAUUAGCUGGUUUACUAGAUGCCUAAGCAGAAAUUAAUCUCUAAGUUUUCUAAACUGCUUCAAACAUGGGGCCCUCUGGUCACAUAAUGUGAGAAUUUACUGAGCUGUUUAAUUUUGGUCCUUUCUGCAGGUCAGCCAUAGUGUGUCAGAGGAGAGCUCAGUUGACCUCUACCCUGUUGCACAUAAUGAUAUUUCUUCCUCUGGAUAAGAAUUAUAGACAAGGUGGUUGGUUGGUCGGUUGGUCAGCCACAUUGUCUCAAUACUGGUCGGUCAGCCACACUGUCUUAAUGCUGGUCGGUCGGUCAGUCAGGCACACUGUUUCAUUGCUGGUUGGUCCGCCACACUGUCUCAUUGCUGGUUGGUUGGUCGGUCCGCUACACUCUGGCUGAGUGCUCACAAAUAAAUGUGAACAUGAAAUAUAAAUAAAAAUAUAAUACCAUACCAGAUAUAGUAAGACAUAUCCAAAUGUCAGUGGCACUGCAGACUUGUCAUGGCAAUGACAAGUGAGAUUUGUAUUAAGUAAAGGAUUUAGUAAUCUUUGCUAUGUAGAUUUCACAUCAGUUAGGCUUUGAUUAAAGAUACCAUGGCUGGAGCAAGAUAUGAGAAAAAUGCCCAUAGUGCUGCAAAACCUUCAGAUAACCACCUGGGGCACAUGUAAUUUGCCCCUCCAUAGGAAUGCUAGUGGUCUUGUAUAAUAUUGUAAAGAUGUCGAUCUACUAGGGUAAAAUUCCAUAAUGGGCCCCUAGUUUGUUGGUAUUUUUUAUAGAUAUAUAUUCUUUUCUAAUGAUUUGGUUACUUGUAGUAAAAUAAUUAGUUUUGUUUAAAGAUCUGUUUCUGGAAAGUACAUUCUUAUACUGCAAUUUAUUCUGGUUCAUUAAUGUCUUGUAUUUUGCAACUGUGACUGCAUAAAGUGUUCAACCUCAUUUAGUCUAAUUCAGGGCCAGUUCUAUUUAAAAUAGGAUUAACGUUUCACUGUGAUAAUGAUGAAGGUAGCCAGAGAAAUGUUUGACAUCAGGUGGCAUUUUACCUUGUGUGACAAAAACUUUCACUGGAACUAGAAUUUUUCAGUUUUUGAUCCAGCAAAAAAACCGCAUUGUACAAGUGCAGUUGCCAGUAGUAACCAAUCAUCAAUUAAGCUUUAAAACGUUAACAACAAGUUUGAAAAUGAAAGCAAAGAGGUUACUGGUUACAAUGGGUAAUUUCACUGGUGCAAUCACGUUUGUGAAUCAGUCACUUUUAAGUGUAGGAGAAUGCAAUAGCACUCUAUAAACUAAGUGAUGCUGCACAGGAGAAAUUCAUGGUGGGGUAGAGGUCUCAGACUAGAAACGAUCAUAAGCAUAGCAUAUACAGUGCCUGUGCUGGGAGCCUUCUAAAAAGGUAACAACUUGUGAAAGAGCAGCAGUGAAUACAGUGCUAAUGGUAGACUGCCAUCAAAGCUGGUGGCAUGAACAGAAUCCUAAGGAGCACCAAUAUUCACAAAAUAUUACAAGAAUUAAAUUUUGUAAAGUUUUAAUUAUAACCGUUUCCUUGCUGUGUAGCAUUAACAGUUUAGAAAAACUUUUUUUGUCUUGUAACUGUGAAAGAGUUCAUGUUCCCUGCAUCUGCUGAUUAGAAAGGCACAGUGCUUUGUACUCCUGCUCCCUUCAUAGGCAUAACUUAUGUUCCACUGCUAGCUUCAGUGCUUAGUCUGACUGAGAAUGCUUUACUGCAGUGCUAGACAGCCUGAAGAGUUCAUGGAUACAUCAGUAAAUAAGAAGAAAUGUAUGAAACUUAUUUUUACUUUUUACACCCCUUUAAUCUCGCAGAUUCAGUUGAAGACUCAAAGAUUCAGUAUAGUUUUUCCUGAGAGGUAGCAACCUUUGUUAUAAUUGGUAACUCUGGCUUGUCCUUAUUUGACAGGAAGCAAACCUUAGGAUACUGUUAGACACCAAUGCCAUACAUUUUGAUCUUCUCUACCAAAGCAGCUGGGUAUCACAAGUGUGCCUUGGGUAUCCUCUGGUUGUGCAGCAGAGAGAAGAAAAACAAAAGGCAAGUUUUUACUAAAUGUCAUUUCUAAAUUAGCAGCACAACCUCAAGUCAGGAAUCCAUCAGUAUCACUGCAAGAGAUGGAGGUUGCUUAUGCAUAUUUUUUUCCACCGUCCAUUGCAUGAAAAAUUCUUUGCUUCCCCAAGUACAAAAAAAAACCCACUGAUAAACCAGGGGAGUCCUUGUUUAAUCAGAUUAUGAUGUUGAAAACGUGCUUUACUACAGUUGUUGCAAAGAAUAGUCAGUUAGUAAAAUAUAAAAGGUCUUUUUCAUGAUCAGCUUUGUAAAAGGGUACACAUGGGACAUGGACACCUUAAAGGCAGUGGCACACAGAGUUACUUUUGGUGCUUUACACCAAAGUGCUUGGAGCAUCAGGAAAUGCAUUUCUGCACUUUUCCAAGCUACAGUUGCCUCACAUUUAUGUCUGUAAGGGGCUGCUUAGGGCACUUUGGCUUAAGAUUUUGUGAAUUUUGGAAUUUCCCUAUGUUUCAUUGUCCUAAAGGGUCUACAGAGACAAACUGAUCUAAGAAAGCUGCUUUCAUUUAUAUAUUAUUAGUUUUAUCCAGUGACAUUACAGAACAGAUACAGGGGAGCACUCACCAGGAUAGCAACCAGUGUGUGUUUCAACCGUGCUGUCACGCCACCUUACACCCCCGAUCCAGGCAAAAUCAUUCAGCAAAAAUAGAAAUAGGAGCGGAGCACCAGGUUGUUUCUCAAUUAAAAAUUUUCUUUAUUGAAAUCUUUAAGAUCAUAGCCGAGAACCGAGAGUAUCCAGUGACAUUGUGCAGAGUAUGGUUAUAUAUAUAUAUAAUUUCGUUAUUUGUUAGUAAGUGCAAGGUGAAGAUGGCUUAUUUCUAGUUGCCCCAGUAAGGCUUAUGUUGACAAAGUGACUUGUUGACCUGUAAAGUACUUCUGAGUAUAAAUGAAAAACAUCAAUAUCACUUACGGGCUGUUUUUUUUUUUUUUUUGUCUUAUGGAGAUUGAAAUUCUUUACCUAUUUAUCAGGGAUACUAAGACAUACCCUUUUAUAGCUAAUUGUAAUUUGCCAUUAGUGACUUGUAAUGCAGAUGUGCAAGGUGUCACAGUGUGUGUUGAGAGUGCAUUGUUCUACUGAAUAAUAUUGCCUUUCCCUGUAUAUAAGUCUUGUGCUUGCAGGUGCCUUUUAUCCAUAUAUAUAUAUAUAUAUGCAAGAAUCUGAACAAUCUGCAUUAUACUGCCUCCCUGGAAUAGCUUACUGAGUCUACUCCUUUAACCAAAGUUUCAUGUUUGACUAUUGUGCUCAUGGAAUAUCUUUCAUUUGUCUCAGGGGAAUUGGUCAUUAUAAAGUGGGCUCUUUUGGCUUGGUAAAAUAUUCAAAGCAUGUCUGACUCCCUAUAUUGCGGGACAAUUCUAAAGUAUUUUUUUAAUGGGGCAUGCAUUAAGCAUCAGGCAAACGUGAUGUUUUUUGCCUUAACAUUUGUAUACCUGUUACUAUAAUGGCAAUCUAGUUUUUCAUUGCAUUCCUAAUGCCUUUUCAUUACCAGUUUAUCAAAAAGGAGCCUAUUUAGCUGUACAUCAAAUAUAUUUUGUAUUUGCUUUUGAUUGAUUAUUGUGUAAUGGCAUGGCAAUUGCUUACCAAACUGCUUAAUAAAUCAAGUUCUUGGCUGUACAGUG